AUGACGGGGUGGGAGAAGGUGCCGGUUCGAAGCAACAAGGCGUUGAUGAAGGCCGUGGCGCAGCAGCCCGUGCUCGUGUACCUCGCUUCGGGGACCAACGACUUCAUUAGCUACUCCGGCGGCAUUUUCGAUGGCGAUUGCAAUGGCGACAUCGAUCAUGCGAUGCUGCUUGUUGGUUACAACAUAACGGACCCGGUCAACCCGUAUUGGAUCUUGAAGAAUACGUGGGGAACAAACUGGGGCGAAAACGGCUACAUGCGCUUGAGGAUGUUACCAGACGGGAACGGCAAGUGUAACGUGAAGAGCGAAAACGCGCUUUACCCCGUUUUCUACGAGCGGAACAGCAGGGCAUGCGAGGUCAUCACCCCCAACCCUUGCGGCGGAGGCGUGUGCGAAGUGCGAAGCGGCAGGGCGAGAUGUAACUGUCCCCCGGGUUUCGUUGAGCGUCUGGAGGAAAGUGCGCCCAAGUGCGUUACGGCUACACCGUGUGACGCUAUUCCGAAUCCCUGUGGUGUCGGGACGUGCAAUAACGAGUUUGACGGCACCUAUACCUGUUCCUGUCCUGCGGGCUCCGUGAUUGGUUCCCGAACCGACCGUGCCAUGACCUGCAUCGUAGGCUCGUUCCAAUCCGGUUUGCAAACCUAUACAGUGAUGGCAGGCGACACGUGCCAAACAGUCGCCGACACCUUCGGCUUCACUAUCGAGUUCCUCGUUCAGCGAAACCCGUUCUUGGACUGCGAUUUGCCGUUGAUUCCGGAUUACGUUCUCCUAGUCGCGGAUACCGCGAAUUUUACCUGGGGAUGCUCCGCCAUGGACAUAGUCGCUCCAAACGACACCUGCGCGUCGAUCGAGUCGCGAAACGGCAUUUCUCAUCGUCAGCUCAUCGCGAUCAACCCCACGCUGAACUGCUCCGAGUCGCUCCCUCUGUCGCUUACAAUUUGUACUUCGCCGGGUCGUAUCGCUUCCAAUUCCGCCAUCAUUCGCUCCUGCGGGAAGGUUCACGACGCGUCGCCGAGCGAACGAUGUGUGGAUAUUGCGAGGAGUUACAACAUUUCGCUAAACGAUCUCCUGUGGCUGAAUCCUGGGCUCAAGUGCACCGAUGAUUCACUCGGGGUGGCGGUCGCGGUGUGCGUAUCCUCGUUAUCGACGGAGCUCAUUACUGUGAACUGUACCCAGUGGUACACAGUAACGCAGGGAGAUACCUGUCCCAAAAUUGCAAACGCUAUACAACUACCAGUGACGACAUUCCUCCGACUCAAUCCAGGCCUCAGGUGCUACGCUCCCGCCUUCCAAAUUGGUCAACCCGUGUGUAUCUCCGGAACCACCACCAACAUCCAGAAAAUCAAGCUCUCCCCCAACAUCAUCCCAUACACCGUCCAAGCCAACGACACCCUUGCUUCGAUCUCGGCCGAUUUCUCCUCCCGCUGCUCCAACGUCUCCUACCCAGCUUCCAUCUGCGAUUCAAAUUCUCUCGCGGAUUGCACCGAUCAGGCUAUUGUCGAGGGGCAGAUGCUGCUGAUCCCGUGUCAAAAGCUGGUCGGGAGCCAGAUCUGCGGUACUUCUCUUCCCGUGUGUGGCUCCGAUGGGGUAACCUACGCAUCAAUGUGCGAUGCGGUCGAGGCGUUUGCUCUGCCCAUCUCGCGUUACGACGUUUGUAAUCUGUGUAACGACGGGCUUUGUUACAAGAGAACGGGGCAGAAACCGCCGAAAAGCAGCUGUGUGGCGCCGCCCGGAGUCUGCCCGUACCCGACCUGGAAGCUGCCCCAAGAUUAUAUGGAUUACUGCCCGAUGAUGUUCUCCAAACAGUGUGAUUGCUUAAAGUACACAUGCACGUACCUGUGCACGCUAUCUGCAUCAACAUACACCUACAGCCUCGCCCUGGGCAACCUGUAUCGCAACUCCACCUACUUCUACCCCGCGUGCUACACGGCCUGCUACGACAACAACCUCAGGGCUGGCUGCGAUGACUCACAAGUGUGA